AUGUCCGCCCUCCGAAUUCUCGUCCCUGUUAAGAGGGUUAUUGAUUAUGCUGUCAAACCCCGCGUCAACAAGGCGCAGACCGCAAUCGAGACAGCGGGCGUGAAGCACAGCAUGAACCCCUUCGAUGAGCUCUCCAUCGAAGAAUCCGUGCGUAUCCGCGAGAAGAAAUCCUAUGCCGGCGGUGUCGAGGAGAUCAUCGCGCUCUCCAUCGGCCCGCCCAAGUCCGUCGAUGUUCUGAGGACGGCUAUGGCGAUGGGUGCUGAUCGAUCGAUAUUUGUGGAAGUGAAGGAUGGAGAGGAGGUUGAGCCGCUGGCAGUGGGCAAGAUCAUUAGGCGGUUGGUGGAGAAGGAGAAAAUCAAUAUGGUGAUGUGUGGGAAGCAGUCCAUUGAUGAUGAUUCGGGGCAGACGGGGCAGAUUGUUGCCGGGCUGAUGGGGUGGGGGGCGGCGACGCAGGCGAGUAAGGUUAGUUUUGGGGAAGGGGGUGUGAGUGUUGAGAAGGAGGUUGAUGGUGGGACUGAAACGGUUAGAUCACAACUACCAAUGGUUAUAACGACCGAUUUACGAUUGAACGAGCCACGAUACGCGAGUCUGCCGAAUAUUAUGAAGGCGAAAAAGAAGAAGAUUGAUAAGAUUACUGCGGAGGAGUUGGGAGUUAGCUUGGAGAAAAGACUAAAGACACUGAAGGUUAUUGAACCACCACCACGGAAAGGAGGCGGAAAAGUGGAGGAUGUUGACGGGAUGAUUGCGAAGCUGAAGGAGUUGGGUGCGAUAUGA